AUGAAAAUUGGCAGCGAGUUUGUACUUAAAUUGAAUCGCGCGCUUUACGGACUUAAGCAGACUGCCAAUGCCUUGAAUAAGACGAUUCACAAUGCAUUGCUGGAGAUGGGAUUUGUCGCGUGCGGUGCUGAUCGAUGCAUAUACAAGAUCGAGGAUGGUGAAGGCUGGGCGUUUGUGUGCUUAUACGUUGAUGAUAUGAUCGUGGUUGCAAAAGAUGCAACCACGGUACGCAAGGUGAAUGAACAAAUCUCUCAACGGUUUCAAACCAAAGACCUUGCACCAGUGAAACACUUACUUGGAAUGGAAGUUAUGUACGACCGAAAGAAGCGUGACAUGUUUAUUUCGCAACAAAAUACAUCGAGUAGACUGCAGACAUGUUUGGACAGACUCAAGCCCGACCAACUGGUAAUCCAUGUGAUUCGAGCAUGA